CUUGAACCGUGUAUCUGGAUGAAAUAAGAGUUUGAGGUUCUAAAACUAGACAUCAGUGGCGUGUUUUUCGGUGUGUCCCCGAUCGUGGUCAGUGCUGUACAGCGGUUCAUAGUCACCCGUGCGUAACCAAUCACAUGGCCGCUCUGGAGUGAAGCAAGCCUCGCCACAGAACCACAGGUCGACCCACUCCCGUCCUCCACAUCGCAGCGAUGCCUCCCGGUGUUGUAGCCCCGUCUCCACGGAGCUCUCCGGUCCGGUGCUUCUACGCCUUGACACCGUACUUCAUAGAGGACUCUGUCAUCUCCCAGAGCAAGAUUGAUCAGCUUAUCAGUGAGAGCUUCCUGACAGUGAAAGGCGCCGCCCUCUUCCUGCCCCGGGGAAAUGGCUCCUCCCCUACUUCUGCUUCCUUCGCUCAGCUCCGCAGCAAACAUGCAGGUGACCUCCAGCAGCACCUGCAGACCAUGUUCACUCUCCUCCGACCAGAGGACAACAUCAAACUGGCUGUCCGGUUGGAGAGUACCGUGUACCAGGGGACUCGUUACAUGGUGGUGGUCUCCACUAACGGCCGUCAGGACACUGAGGAGAGCUUGGUGCUGGGUAUGGACUUCAGUCCUGCAGACAGCUCGUGCUCGGUGGGGCUGGUUCUCCCUCUAUGGAGCGACUCACUGAUACACCUGGAUGGAGACGGGGGUUUCAGUGUGUCCACUGAUAACCGGAUCCAUGUAUUCAAGCCUGUGUCGGUGCAGGCCAUGUGGUCUGCUCUGCAGUCGCUCCACAAGGCGUGUGAGGUGGCUCGUUGCCAUAACUACUUCCCCGGCAGCCUGUUCCUGACCUGGGUCAGCUACUACCAGAGCCGGGUCUCCUCUGACCAAUCACGCAUCAACGAGUGGAACGCCAUGCAGGACGUCCAAUCACAUCGUGCCGACUCUCCCGUGAUGUUCUCUGACGUGCCGACGGAGAGAGAGCGGACAGAGCGGCUCAUCAAGACUCGUCUGAGAGAGAUCAUGAUGCAUAAAGACCUUGAGAAUGUCACCUGCAAAGAGAUCCGCACAGAGCUGGAGGUGCACAUGGUGUGUAACCUGUGUGAGUUUAAGGAGUACAUAGACAAGGAGAUGAUUCUGAUCCUGGGUCAGAUGGACAGUCCCACUGAGAUAUUUGACCAUGUUUGCCUGGGCUCUGAGUGGAACGCAUCCAAUCUGGAAGAGCUGCAGAACAGUGGUGUGCAGUAUAUUCUGAACGUGACGAGGGAGAUUGACAACUUCUUCCCAGGUGUGUUUGAGUAUCAUAACAUCCGUGUGUAUGAUGAGGAGGCUACAGACCUGCUGGCCUAUUGGAACGACACCUACAAGUUCAUCUCCAGAGCCAGGAAAGCAGGAGCUAAGUGUUUGGUUCACUGUAAGAUGGGUGUGAGUCGCUCUGCGUCCACGGUGAUAGCCUACGCUAUGAAGGAGUACGGCUGGGACCUGGAGAGAGCAUUCAACUACGUUAAGGAGCGCCGUGCUGUCACCAAACCUAACCCCUCCUUCAUGAGACAGCUAGAGGAGUACCAGGGCAUACUGCUGGCCAGUAAGCAGAGACACAACAAGCUGUGGCGUUCCCACUCGGACAGUGACCUAUCGGAGCACCACGAGCCACUAUGUAAGACCGUCCAACACCCCCACACCCUGGGCCGCUCCGACCCUCGUAACCAGGGUAACAGCCCCGCCGCCCCCUCCCUGCAGGAGCUGCUGCAGCCGCUGGGAUCCCCCUCCAACACGGGCCAGGUGGUGCGGUCCAUCUCUGAGUGUGGGACCCCUUCUAGUGCAGGGAAGGUGGUACAGUCCAGUAGCCUGCCCAAUGCUACUGCUACCCAGGAGAAUAUUCUGGACACUAACCAGGAGACUAGGACUGAUGCUCUGUUGACUUCCACAACUGGGGACCAGUCAUUGGGUGCUGGAGACCAGUCAUUGGGUAGUGGGGACCAGUCAUUGGGUGCUGGGGACCAGUCAUUGGGUAGUGGGGACCAGUCAUUGGGUACUGGAGACCAGUCAUUGGGUGCUGGAGACCAGUCAUUGGGUACUGGGGACCAGUCAUUGGGUACUGGAGACCAGUCAUUGGGUAGUGGGGACCAGUCAUUGGGUACUGGGGACCAGUCAUUGGGUACUGGGGACCAGUCAUUGGGUACUGGGGACCAGUCAUUGGGUAGUGGGGACCAGUCAUUGGGUACUGGGGACCAGUCAUUGGGUAGUGGGGACCAGUCAUUGGGUAGUGGAGACCAGUCAUUGGGUACUGGGGACCAGUCAUUGGGUACUGGGGACCAGUCAUUGGGUAGUGGGGACCAGUCAUUGGGUAGUGGGGACCAGUCAUUGGGUAGUGGGGACCAGUCAUUGGGUACUGGGGACCAGUCAUUGGGUGCUGGAGACCAGUCAUUGGGUAGUGGGGACCAGUCAUUGGGUAGUGGGGACCAGUCAUUGGGUAGUGGGGACCAGUCAUUGGGUAGUGGGGACCAGUCAUUGGGUAGUGGGGACCAGUCAUUGGGUACUGGAGACCAGUCAUUGGGUACUGGGGACCAGUCAUUGGGUACUGGGGACCAGAAUCCUUCAACAGCAGCAGCAACUACUGCCUCCACUGGUUCCCAGGCCCAUGGGGAGUCUGUGUGUUCCCAGUCACCCCCUCUCUCCAACGGCCUGUGUGAUUAUGAAGAGGACCACUCAACCCCUCUCCCUCAGCCGCGGGCGGCCACCGUGGUGCCUGACAUUUCCACUGUCACCGUGGCGGAGACCGUGCCGGUCAGGCGCCCUCAUCCGCCCCCUAUCCAACACCACCUUGUCUCCCCCGCCGCCCUUCCAACCUCCUCCGAUGAAGACGAGACUCCGAAAGCCAAGGAGCCAUCCACCACCUUGCCUAAGGAAAAAUACUGCCAGCUGCAGGUGACACCAUCCGUGCCUGAGUCAUCGUCGAUGACCCCGGAAACAAGCACACAAACAGCAGGACCACAAGAGCCGUCCACACCAGUGCCUGACAAGAAACUAGACUGUGACCAGCGGUUACCUGGGGCAUCAUUGGACAGUUCAGCAUCCCAACAGGACCCUGCUCUCGAGGCGGAGAGGUCCUCGGCUCUCAGCACAGACCACAUCAACUUCUUCAGCGCCAGAGAGAAGUUCCAGGGCCUGACUCAGGAUGGGAGGACCCGUUGCCUUUCUGAUCAGGCACUGCAGCAGACACCUCAGCCCAUACCCAGGGAUCCAGGACAGGAGCAGCAGCAGGAGGACCCCUCUGUUGUGGCGACUGGGGAGGGAGAGGAGGAGGAGGAGGUAGAGGAGAGGAAGAGGGAGAGCAUUGUCUCUGUUCACCUCAUAGUCACAGAACUGGAGUCCAUGACGCACACCGUGGCCCCUCCCCCUGGCCCUCCCAGCCAACCAGAGCCUACUGCUUCCCAGGACCACGCAGUGGGUCAGUCAAACCAGGAAGUAGAGGGCAAAGAUGCAGAGUCACAACAGGAAGUGGACGUUGUCAAAGAAGAAGUGAAGGACGAAGCAGAAGAGAUGGAAGCAGUCUCCCACUCUGCUGAUUGGGCGAUGGGCUCUGUGCGCCGCGUCACCCAACAGCUGGAGCAGCGAAUGAGGCAGGACUCCCCUUCCCCACCUCCACCUUCCCUCCCCCCCACCCACCCCCAUCGUCGCUCCCCUCUCUUACCUCACUCAAGAGAACACUCCCCUCCUGCCUCUAACCCCUUGCCAGAGACAAACUCCAACCCCCAGAAUGCACCACUCGGCCCGCAGGGGUCAGAGGUUAGCACUGUGCAGGAAAAGGGUGGGGGCUGCAGUCCUAUGGAGGAAGAUGGAGGACAGGAGGCUUGGAGAGGUUUACAUGAAGACAGUGUUCAAAUGCACAAACACAACCUUAGUGAUGGCAGCCUUGCAUCUACCCUCCACCCUACCCCCAUGACCCCCCAACAGUCUUCCCCCAUGACCCCCCAACACUCUUCCCCCAUCACCCCUCUCCAUCCUACCCUAAACUCCGCCCUCGCCUCCCUCUCUUCAGUGGAUUUCCUGUGUCUGGAGGGGGUGACAGAGUUUGAGUCGGGCACAGACUGGGACAGUCUUCCGGGUCGAGGACCCCCCGGUGAUGAUCACAUGAGGGAGACAUGGGAAACUCUGCGGGAGCUGGGGGCGUUCCUUCGCCAGGUGAGCGGUGGCGGAGCCAAGGUACCCAGGUGUGUGGGCCAGGUGUGGGGGGAAGGUACACAGGCGAGGCAGAAGAGGGUCAGGGGUGGCGAAAGGCAGAGAGCCAGGGAGGUGGAGGCACGGAUUCGCCAGGCUGGGCUGACACCGCCCUCCCUGAUGAAGCGCUCUGCCUCAUUGGCUAAGCUGGGCUGCUUAGACCUGUCGGCCAAUGACCUGACCAAUUGGGAUAUUAGCCCCACCUCUCCGGCGACACCCGCUGUGGAACUUCUCCUUCCUUCCACAGAAGCUGACGAGUCCUCCAGGAAACUGAGGGUGCUGUUUCACAAUGCCCUGAGUCCUUCUGUCUCGACCAGCAGGCAAGAGUCCCUCACCAACAGAGCGGAGAGGCCUUGUGAGAGCGGGGACACACCCUCAGAACACUUGCAUUCUCCUACGUCCAAUCAAGGCUGGCAGAAGGAGAAACAUCCUGACUCUGGCCAUGCCCUCUCGCUGAAGUCUGACCUGAUCUCCGUGGCAACACAACAGCAGUAUGGAAGGACACACCCCCUACGUAGGCUGAAGAAACGGACUGUCAGCACCCUCUACCACACUAUGUGACCCUCACUGUGUGUGUGUGAGAGAGCGUGAGAGACACAGAGUGAUGAGAGCUGGUCAAACGCCAGCAACUUCCCUUAGCCCCGACCACCGUCCCUGGCAGAUGAUAGUCAGAUGUGUGGACAAUAUGCCGGCCGCCUCUCGGAUCAUUUGAAGGCUCGAUGGAUUAUAGCGAACACAAAGCUGAUCUCUUCAGGGCAUCGUGUAUGUAGUGACUCCUGGGAUGUGUAAUGUUUCUUGUUGCAUACUGUAUGUAGUGUGUAUUUGAGUCAUUUUAGGAUGUGUCCUUUUGUUUUCUAUUUGUUGGAGUCUGAACUGUUUGUGAGGCAGAAUAUCUCCAUAAGUUUUAAAAUGUUUGUCACUUUUGUGUACAUAAUAGGAAGUGUGUGUGUGUGUGUGUGUGUGUGUGUGUGUGUGUGUGUGUGUGUAGGGGGGACUGAAAAGUGCAGUUUCUCCCUUCCCUUUCUAUCAGAAAUAACAAUGAUAUGGGGAGGUUUCUCAAAUAUGCACUUUACUGUUUUUUGAUUUAUGUAUGGUUCCUACCCCUGGAGCUUAAUGUGAGUUGAAUAGUUGUGAGUAUUUUACAGUGCAGAAAUGUAAUUUCAUUUUAAAUCUGUAAAUAUUCUAAUUUUUUUAUGUGCUUAAACUGUGACCAAUAAAUAAUGAC